AUGCCCCUCCUGUGUGAAUGUCGCGUAAAGCACGUAACCACGCGACUAUGGGAAUACAUCUUCAACCAUGUCAUAUUCACUGAUGACAAAUGGGUCGUGUCGUCCCAGCAGCCACCAACUCAUCAGCCUGGUGAGCUGAGGCGGGUCGACCUUGUUGUCGAGAAGAUGGACAGCAGCGCAACAACCGUCGGGACUUUGCUGUGUCUGGAGGCUAAGCGAGCAAACGCUUCGCCUUCCGACAUUCAAGAGCUGGAAUACCAGGCGUUCACUGCCGCCUGUGUAUACUAUGUCGAGACCGGUAUCAAGCACGUUUGGACAAUGACCUGCGUCGGCAGCAGCGCACGGCUGUGGAUAUUCUCCGAGAGAAGCACGUACCUGAUCCCAUUCAUUCUGGCCGGCCAAGACUUGGCGGAGAGGAGCAAAUACCUGGAGAUCUAUACCCAUGGCCGCGAAAUUGCCGACGGUCUCGAGUAUAUCAGAAGCCCAGGACGCCUCCGAGAGAACUGCUCAACAUGA